CGGAGAUCAGGUAGCUUACAGUGUUCAUAUCGGACUCCAGAGAUAAAGAUUCACUAGGAGCUCCAACGUUCUUGGUUAAGCCGAGCCGAUAAACUUCUGAUUUAAGAGAAAAAGGGAUUCUGACAUGCACUGGCAGAAAUCGUCAAAGGAGAAGCCGUGUUAUUCUCUGCCCACUGUGAAGAAACUCCUGGAGCAGAAAAGAAGGCGAGACACAGCCUCAGGGUCGCCCUCCACAGCAACAACUAGUCCUGCUCCACCCAACGUUGGCCAGCAGGUUUCCACUUCCGAGUUGUCGACGUCUACAGGUGCCUGCAACAGCUUCUCAGACAUGCCGGUGAGCUACUGUGAAUCCUGGGAAGCGGUGUGUGCUCACCCAGGCCCAUCUGCAGUCCUGGAGAAUCCCUUCCCCUCCAUGGGGACGAGCUCCUACUCCAACCAGACAGGACUGGAGGACUCCAGCCAGGCCUCAGCCUACAGUCUCUCCAUGGCAUCUGCCUAUAGCCCUCAGCCCAUCCAGCAGAGUGGCCCGCUCUAUCCAGACAUCCUGGGUCAUCAGUUCCAUCUGGAGUGUCCUGUCUCUGAUGCUGGGCCUAGUCUGGUGUCGUCCAGCCUAUGGUUGUCUGGGGCCGGGGCCCAGGGGCCCACCUUGAACCCCUAUCCCCGCCAGCUGGCCAUUGAAAGGCAGAUGGACAUCAAUAUGCUGAGAGAGGCCAGGGCCUUCUUUCAAGAGAGGGAUUACAGCUGGCACCCUGAUGAAGAUGGAGAUACGAUUCUGCAUAUCUACACAGCCAAGGGGCUCAGGGAGUAUGCCUUCGCUGCUGCAGAGAAGCUGAGAGAUCUUGAGAGACUGGACACUAAAGAACACAAGGGCAAGACUGCAUUGCUGGUGGCGGUGACGGCGGACCAGCCAGAAAUCGUCCAGGACCUGCUGUUUCUUGGUGCAGAUAUCAAUGCCUGCGAUGUCAAAGGUCAAACUGCUCUUCAUCUGGCUGCAACCUAUGGCUAUCCCAGGAUCCUGCAGGUUAUCCUUUCCUCCGGACCUGGAGUGAACCUGGAAGCCAGGAAUUUUGAAGGCUUGACUCCCCUUCACUGUGCUGCUAUCGCCCACGGAGCCACCAUGAAGGCUCUGUCCUCUGCGGCCCUGGCCGAUGCCAGCCUAAACGCCACUGCUGAUGACAAGCUCUCCUGCCUCCAGAUGCUGCUGAGUGCCGCAGCCAUCGUUACCAGCCAGGAAAUCAAAAGCAGCAAGACUGUCUUGCAUCUGGCCGUCAAGGAGGGAAACAUCCAUCUGGUUCGCUACCUGCUCAGGAUCCGCCUGUCUAACAUGAAGGACUUUGUCAACAUGAAGGCCCACGGUCACACAGCGCUACACAUGGCGGCUGGUCUCCAUGGAAACCCCCAUCAGGAAGAGAUGCUGAGGCUGUUGCUGAGCAAAGGGGCGGACCCGAGCAUCCGCAAUCUGGAGAACGACCAGCCUGCUCACCUGCUGCAGAGCGGCCCUCGCGGCGACCAGCUCAAGCUCAUUCUGAAGAAGCGAAGCGUUUCCACUCGUCGACGUGUAAUGUCCUUCCAGGACCAAGAGUGACUGGGACCACUGUCCCCAUGUAUCCCCCCCCCCCUGUGACAGUGCCGGUCAGGAUGUAAGCCAUUGUACAGCUAUUAUUUAGUCUAAUAUUUGACUAUUUGCUUACAUGGCAUCAAAGAUAGGGUUUACAGACAAGUUUCCCUCCAAUAGCUUUAUCCUGACAGCGCUGUGUUCAAGGGGAAGGGAUUUUUAAGUAUCUUCUUGUGAGGAUAUCUGGUUUUCUUUUUCAGAGAACCAGAAUGACAUGCUUUGUUAUCAGUGUAACCCCCUGGGUUAUUUUAUGUGUGCACAAACAUUUCUAGUUAAACAUAUGUUCACUUUUAGUGAGUCAUAUCUAAAUUUCUUACCCGUAUUGGCAUCCUUGGCAUUUAUUCUAAAGCACCUAUUAUUUAAUACUGCCGGUGGGUUUGUGUUAUGUGUUUGGUCAAUGAACGUGUCAAUCGGGGGCAGUUGCACUGUUGUAAUUGGUUUUCGGUUAAUUUUGGUAGGGCGGAAGUUGCGCCCUGUUUUGACUGACACUGUAUAUAUGUUAUGUUGUUUUUCUUUUUGGGCUCUUGGGACGCGACCACUCACGAGAGAGGCUGGACGGUUAGCUCUCGUGGUGCGUCAAUUUGAGGAGCUAGCUAGCUAAACCUAGCUUCUAUGUUGGGGUACGGCUAUCCUCUAUUGGGAGCGGUUAACGGACUGACAUCAUUGGAAGUUACGAGAACUUUUCACCUAGAGCAGAAGAUCUACCCAUAGAGGAUAACGCUGGACCCGUGUGCCCUAGCAUUUGAGAGGACCGCGCUGGAUUGUUGUUUCAGCCGGCUAAAUCCACCCGGGAGUGCAACGCUGGAAGUUUGUUUGCUUGGUUCCCCGGAGUUCGCGCCACUUUCUUUCCGCACCCGGAGCUAUUGUUUCGGGGUGCCAUUAAAACCUUCGGGGUGGGUGAGUAGGGCCUACACGCUCUUGAGCGUGUAACAUUAGCCGCUUUCGCACAGCAGCUUGGGCUGCACCGACUCUCCACAUCAGGCCUGCACCGUCAGAGACCUUUUAUUAGCACUCGGUACCGAGUAGGGACAUUUAUUGAUAAAUAGCAUUGCCGGCUUUAGUAUUGCGUAUUUGAUGUGUUUGUUCAUGUGAUAACCUACUGUUUUGCUUAAUAGCACUUAUUGAUGGUUGUUGUUCUUUUCGUAUUUAAUACGGGAAAAUUAUUAGCUUUAAUCAUCGUGUGACUAUUGACCUCGUUAAUAGUUUAUGACCCACCGAAUCAUUAAAGGGGUCAUCUUUUUCAAUGUAAUCUUCUUGUUUCUAUGUUCCUAUUUACAGUUAAGUUUGCAUCAUCUUCUUUCAUAUAUAUGUUGGAUUGAAGUAGCCUGUCACACACUUUACCCUUAUUGUAGACCUUGUACAUUGUUACACGUCAUUUACAUACUCAUACUAGGGUUAAUUAGCCCUGUCUACACAGUUUAGAGUGUAAGUUAACGAACUUAAGCGCUGUUCAUAAGCAGUAAAGCAGAACAAGCGUUACAUCAGUAUCUGUCAUUGUAUUAUUUUUCCAGAGUUGUUUUUUCUUCCUCAGUAUAACUUGAAUGUGAUGUGUACUCUCGAUUUCAAAGCUAUUCUGAAUCUCUACAUUUUUGGCAUGUUGCCACACUGACCUAAUCUAAUAACCUGAUCCAGGUUUUUUUAAAUGGUUACAUAAAUAAACCUGCAGAGAAUUGAUCAAUCUAGUAGACAUGCAGAAGCACCUAGCUUCAGUUUUCCCAGGUAUUUAUCUGCACCUACAUCUUUCGUGUAAGUGGGGGUAAUUAUUUCAACAAAGGAUAUAAAGGAAUAAAUUAAUAAGAAGACUGAAUGAUAAGGUAGAUUGUGAACCCCAUGAUCAGACUCUUUCUCAGAUCCUACCUGAUUUCCAUGAAAUAGUUUCCAUAGAGGCAGCCCCAACACAUACUUACUCCCCUUAAAACUUCCCACCGUGAGGAGAAAUCAUAUUGGUUCAUUGAAUGGUGGUUUUGAUUUCAGUAAGCGUUAGUGCUUAUAUUAAGCAUGCGUUUUUUUUCGUCAUUCAUAACUCAAUUCUUUUACUCUUGGUACAUUUUUCUUCAUUUUACUAUGUGAAGUGAAUGUGUGGAUGAUGUCAAUGCUGUUAUAGUCAAAUGUGUAGUAUUUAUUAUCUUGGGCAUUAUACGGUACAGAGUGUGAUUGUUUUUGAUUAAUAUAAAUAACUGAAACGUACUAUUAUGGUAGAUAUGCAUCAUUGUAAAUGAUAAUAUGAAAUACCACUUAAUUCCAAAGAUAGAUAUCCAUGGUACCAUUGGUACUACGAAAGCUUUUAUCUAUUUUCCCCUGUUUUUCAUAUCAUAGUAUGUCUGAGUCCCCGACUAGAUGAGACACACCUAUCAGAUCACUGAAAGGCACCCUAGCGUCAACAGGCAGUUUGAAUGUUCUUUCACUUGUGUCAAUUCUACCUCUAAAUGACUGUUAAGAAUCACUGAACUGACUGUUUGUGACAAUGGCACGCUGCUUAUGAUGUCACUGAAUUUAGUUUGUCUAAGCAAAACCACUGUCAAUAAACAUUAUUUCAGUA